AUGGAAGGCUAUCGAACCCGAGCCUACCCUCCUAUGGUCUCUACUAAGAUGGAUCCCUCCUACAAAGUUGAUGAAGGCUACUCCGAGGAUACAAGAAGUCAAGAUGACCCUGAUUCCCCAAUGAGAAUGGAGCCAGAAGGAGACGAUAUGCUGCCAACACAGACAGCUUUUGACGCUGUGAUGGCUCUCAGCGAAGGGGAGAAGAGUGAAUUUGUUUAUAACAUGCUACGUACCCUCAGAGUCUCCUCCAUAGCCUCCGUCGUUGAUCGGUUAUGGCCCCUCUUCCACAAAGAUCCGAUCACCAUCUUUCCUGCGGAGAUCAUGUCGCAGAUCUUUGCUUGCCUAGAUCCCCCAUUGUUGCUGGAAGCAUCUAGGGUUUCUCGAGCCUGGAGAGAAAGAGUGCUCGAUAGUGGACUCUGGAAGCACAAGUUCAAGACUGAAGGGUGGGGCUUGAGAAUGGAUGAGAUUGAGCACUUUGAAAACAAUUAUAACCAGAGGGCAGUGGGGUCACGUUCGCCGACUACAAGGACCGAGGAAAAAAGCGCGCAAAAACUGUAUAAGGCACUGCCUAGGGUUUCCCGACCAACACGCCAAACUUCUCAGAAUGCUCAACAGGACAACGGUCAGGUCAAUCAGGAGCCUGGAGAUGAUGCCGAGAUGGUGGACGUCGGUUCGGCGUCCCCUGAACGGUCUCGUAUCGAGCCGGCCGAGGCCUUUGGGCAGGUGGAUCCCUCAAAGGCACAGGGAAAACAGCCAUGGAAUGAGAUCAAGAAGGAAGCGCCUGAUACGAAAGAGGGUCAGAAAAACUCAAUUCCUGGAAAACUUCAUCUAGCGCAAUCUCUUAUGUUAUAUGCUUCUCCAGGCCAAUCACGUCUGAAUUAUCAUCACGUCUUCAAGCAAAAGCGGAAGCUUGAAGAUAAUUGGAACAAUGGGCAAUUCCAAAGUUUUCAGCUACCUCAUCGGGAUCACCCAGAGGAUGCUCACACCGAGUGCGUUUACACGAUACAAUAUUACGGGAAGCAUUUAGUGAGUGGAAGUCGUGACCGCACGCUGCGGAUCUGGGACAUAGAUGCACAGCGUCUUAUCAGGAAGCCGCUAGAAGGCCAUACUGGCUCGGUCCUGUGCUUGCAGUUUGAUGACCGAAAGGAAGAGGACAUCAUAAUCUCUGGCAGUAGUGAUACGCACGUCAUUCUUUGGCGUUUCUCGACGGGCGAAAUGAUAAAGCAACUCACUAAUGCUCACAGAGAGUCGGUGUUGAAUCUGAAGUUCGACAAGCGAUUUCUUGUGACAUGUUCGAAGGACAAGACUAUCAAGAUAUGGAAUCGACAGGAGCUACGGCCUGGGGAUAAAGACUACCCGGUCAAAGGAGCUCCAGGUGGUGGCCACUGCCCUUCCUAUAUCCUUGACAUGAACGCUAUUGCGAGCACACUGCGCAAUGGACGACCCGAUGUGGAUUUUCAAAAUCAUCUGCUCGAACCUUAUACUCACCUGAUGACGCUUGAUCUUCAUGGAGCUGCUGUCAACGCCAUUCAAAUUUACAGGGACCAAUUAGUUUCAGCAUCUGGAGACCGUAAUCUCAGAGUCUGGAACAUACACAGUGGAGAAUGUUCCGCGAAGGUCGAAGCCCACGCGAAAGGAAUAGCUUGCGUCCAGUACGAUGGGAAAAGGAUCGUAAGUGGGAGCAGCGACAACACGAUUCGGAUUUGGGAUCCAGCCUCCAAGACCGAAGUCGCUCGUCUAGAUGGCCACACGAGGCUUGUACGUACGAUUCAAGCGGCAUUCGCGGACCACCCUGGAGGGAGGGAAAGGCUCGAAUCCGAAGCGAUGGAAGUCCAACGCCAGUGGCAGGCAGCCAGUAUUGCGGGAUUGAUUCCUCCUAGCUCUGAGCGGCGACGUCAAGGAAAUCCUGGAUCACGGAAACCUAAAGAUAUCAAGAGUGUUGGAGCAAAGAUACCUCCGAGCGGUGGCGGAAGUCGAUGGGGCCGUAUAGUAUCGGGUUCCUACGAUGAGACUAUCAUCAUAUGGAAGAAGACAGAUGAUGAUGAAUGGGUGAUUGGGCAGAGGCUACGUCAAGACGACGCACUUCGAGCUGCCGGCCCUCCACUCAUUCCUCGAUCGGACGCCCAAGCUCAAGCACAAGCGCAGGCACCAUCAAAUCCACUCCAUCUCCCAAAUCAUGCACUAAACUCUCAAACUCAUCAAGCGCCACCACGACAGCAUCCUCUUCAGGCCGCCGGUGUCCAAGGUCCUCUCCCGGCGCAUCAGAUAGCUCAACAAAUCGUGCAAGCUGCUGCUGCAACCUCACAACAAGGUUCGUCCACUCACCAACAGCCUCCGAACCCGAAUCAACCCCAGAACCCGACGCAAACCCCUUGGACCAACAGUGCUUACGCACGGCGGCUUUUGCGAGCUCAGCAGCAGGCUAACAUACCUAGUCUUUCCGCUGGGGGACCAUUGAAUGCUCCUCAGAAUGCUGGUCAAGCAGGAAAUACGCCGAAUCCUGCACCCACUCUACCAGCAUCAGCACCUCCACCGCUCCAUCCCCAUCACGUGCCACGGCCUGGCCCACCAAUCCCAAAUGCUGCACAAGUUGGGCAACCUAAUGCUAGAGUUUUCAAGCUGCAAUUCGAUGCUAGAAGGAUUAUUUGUUGCUCUCAGGAUCCGAAAAUCGUUGGGUGGGAUUUUGCGAAUGGAGAUGAGCAAAUUAUUGAGAGCAGUAGAUUCUUUGCUGCUCCUCAAUGA